AUGCUGGUGAACAUUCUGCUUAUAGUGUUGAGCUCUCAGAGCGUCUGGUCCAGAAAGUCGGAGCCUUCUCUCAGUGAAGCGUCUGCCGGCCUCUUCAGGGGAUCAGACAAAUAUGACUUUGCCAUCGAGGUUCCUGCUGCAGAGAUGGAGUGUUUCUGGCACUUUGCCCACCAGAGUGGCAGCUUCUACCUGGCAUACAUGGUUCAGUGGGUAACGGGGAUGGCCAACAACCACCGGCUGUUUGUGACAGUCCACUCACCAGAGGGCGUCUUCAUAACUUCAAGGAGCGAAGCGCUUGGUCAAAUGAACUUCCAGACUGAAGUGACAGGUUUUUACAGAAUGUGUCUUGGGAACCACUACAACCAGUUCGGAGUCACCAGGGUUUUUGUGGACUUCGGUGUCAUCUAUGAAAGCUUCAUGGAGUCCGAGAGAGAGAUGGAAGAAGGAGAGGAAGUCAUUAACAGCACUUUGGCUGGUAUUGAGGAAAGCGUACAGAAGCUGCAGAAUCAGAUCUUCCACAUGUGGCGGCAUUACAACUUCGCCCGCAUGAGGAAAGGGAAGGACCACCACCUCCUGACGUCCAACCUCAACUACGUCAACUGGUGGUCGGCGACCCAAAGCGUCGUCAUCGUCCUGUCUGGAUACCUGCAGCUCUUCGUCCUCAAAAGACUCUUUCGCACAGACUCCAGCAGGCCGAGAUGCUGAGAGCAGCACAUGCACAUGUCCAGACCGUUUCUUUAAACCCUGGAUAUGAUUACAACUUCCUGUAAAAGCA